GGACAGCUAAGUACCUCACAGAGGAGCCUGGGUGCCUCAUUUCUGAAGUGAGACUAGGAAGAGAAGAUGAACAAUUCCCUGGAUUAUCUAGCCUACCCUGUGAUCGUCUCUAAUCAUAGACAGAGCACAUCAUUCAGGAGGAAACUGGACUUUGGCCACUACGUAUUUCAUAAGAAUAGAAUACAAAUAGUGAAGCCUACUGUUGAUACCAAGCCUCCAGUGGUGCACACACAUCACAUUUUAAAACUGAGCAAACUACAGGGUGAACAAAAGAAAUUCGACAAAAUCGAAUAUGAAAACAAGCAACUGUGUCAGAAAAUUGCCAACGCCCACCGCAGCCCCGCCAAGGUGGAUUGCUGGAACGAAUAUUUCUCUAAGAGCUUAAACAGAGAAACAAGGAACCGGGAGCUAGUGAGAAUCACCAUGGAAAACCAGGGCAUUCUGAAGAGGCUUGGUGAUCGCAAACCCCACUAUGACCGCAGGUCGUUGGAGUUAGACUGGCAGAAUUCAAGGCGCUAUAUCAGAAAUACAACCAAAUAUCUUCUCUCCUGAGAUGAAUAGCUGUCAGUCCCCUGAACCCUUUCCCUGCCCUGUAAAAGUGGAACUCAACCACCUGCAGCUUCAGCAAGAGAGUCACAGUCCUGAGCUGCACAUAGGAAAGAUUCCCCCAUGAUGCCCCUUGCCUCCAUCUUGGAUUAGCUUGCUGGAUCUGAAGUUGGUGUUUCAGUUAAAAAUUAUUUGGGUU